UACUAGUUUUAACUUCAAAUAAUUAUUUCAUAGAUUAUCUGAUCUAGAAGAGAAAAAAUUAAGAAACCCCUAAUGAUAUCAAAGCAAUUAGCAAACGAAGGAAUCCCUCAGUUCAGCUUGACACCACUAAUAAACUCAGAAAGCUUAUUUUCAAAAAUAAUGCAGUACCAUUCAAAUCCAAGCCCAAGAAGACUAGAUACACUUCCAACAAGUGCCUAGGAAGGAAAUCCAAAUACAUUGGAGUCACAAAAGCCUGAAUUGGCAGGCAUUGAUCAAUGCGGAACAUGCAAAGAAAAGCUAUCAAGACUUAUAACUUGCAUGCAGUAGCAAUCCAGGGAAAGAGCUUGACUAAACUUCGAGUUAUAGAAGAGGCUGUUGGAGAACUGAUUAUGAUCUAAGUAUGAACUAGAAGCUCGUGGAUUAACAAUCUGGCAAAUCCUCUUGUAUUCUUCGCCUAGGAU